AUGUUGUGUGCACUUCCCCGGGAGCUCAUCCUGCAUGUAGCUGGCUUUCUCCCCAGUGGCAGUCUAGCCGCGUUAGUUCGGACGCAGACGGGAAUCGCACGACUAGUGACGCCAUGUCUGUACAACCAAGUGGUCCAUGAACCUCUGCCCCUUGAACCGGAUGACGAACCUGAUUCCGAUGUGGAUGAUUUUCGCACUAUAUCGGAUACCUCAGAGGUUGAAGUGCCAUCUCUCCACUGGACCGAAUGCGUCUCCCGAUGGCACUCGAAAGUCAUCCUAGAUUACCUGCAGUCGCAAUCUCAAAACGUGCUAUCGGCUUGUGGAACGCCUAGGUCGAGUCUUAUCCAUCUAGCUGCCCAGGGUGGAAAUAUUGACGUGGUCAAGGUACUCAUGUCCAAGGGCGUGGAGAUUGACAGGUACCAUGACGGAUACAGCCCUCUUGCCACGGCUAUACAAUUCAGCCAGGAGGAAAUGGCCCUGUGGCUGAUCAGCCAAGGAGCCGAUGUCACGGAAUGGCUCAUGGGAACGGGUUUAACCAUUCUCAACCUAGCUGCUGGAUUCUGUUCUGCAAGUGUCGUCCGCAAGGUUGUCGAAAUUAUUCGGGAAAAGGUUGGUAAAGCUGGAGAUAUAUUCUCCCCUUCCGAUAAUGUUAUGGUCCUUCACCGUGCAAUCUCCAGAGGAGAUGUUGAAUCCGUCCGUAUUCUGCUUGAAAACGGAGCUGACCCAUCCGGUUGGGAUAUACACGGUGUAUCGGCUUUGACACUCGCCACGGCGAACGGCAACGAGGAGAUAGUCACGAUGCUUCUGGAUCGUGAUGCGAACCCUUUACCCCAUGACGCUAUGGGAAGGUCUGCGUUAGUAUGCGCUGCCGGGUCACCGAAGCUGAGCUGGACGACCGUGGAGCGUAUUUUCCACGCAUAUCGAAAUGCAGGCGGGGAUAUCAACUGCACCUAUGUUACCAUUCCGGAAUUUGUUGGUGGGGCGCCUAGACCUCUGGAGAGACUGCCACUUCAUCAGUUUGCUCUUGUCGGGUCCGCACCCGGGGUAGAGUUACUCCUCCGUUAUGGUGCGCAGGUCUCCAUCAAGGGGCGAGAUGGGAUGACGGCACUGCACGCCGCUUUGUUCAGCUAUCGGCAUAGUCGGGACACAUACCAAAGCAUUGGUGAGAUCUGUCAGAUGCUAGUUGACGCUGCUGUUCGGUCGGGAGAAGACUUGAAUAACAAAAUGACUCCCUAUAAUUCAUUCGCGCGGAUGAGAGGUGCCACGGCACUACACUUGGCCGUGGUUUGUGGAUUAGAGGAAGUUGUUCGCUUACUACUGGAUCAUGGAGCAGAUGGGAAGAUCGUUGAUGAGGAGGGAAAGACCGCUUUGGAUCUCGCUCAAGGAUUGAGCAACCAGGUAGUGAUUGAUUUGUUAACAGCGAAAGAUGUAUAA